AUGUCUGGGACGGAAGAGACGGAGGUGAAAGAAUUCACCAGCCAGACUGAAGGAGCAGGUCCCUGGUCGCAGGGAGAUCCAUGGCAGGCAGGCUUCAUCGAGGGGAUGGGGCCAAUCGGGAUCCUGGUGGACGUCCGGAGAGCCGAGAAGGUGUUGAAAUCUCUGGACUGGGAACUCCAAUCCAAGUUGGACCACCUCACUGAGAUGACCCUGGCCUCGCCGAGCUAUCUGUCGGAGAUCCUCGCAGUCCUCGACAUCCUGGCUGGGGAGAAAGAAGACACUGAGAAGAGGAGAACAGUCCGUGCUGCCUUGUAUGAGGGUGCCAGACGGGCGGACGAGUCCCUAGCACAAUACGCCUUGAGGCGUGAUGCCCAAUUCGAGAAUGCCAAGCGGUACAUCGACAUUCCGGUAGAGCUGAAGGGCAUCAUGUUGGAGGAGCAGGCGGGGCUGUCCAGGCAAGGGGCUCAAAACCUUCGCACUCUCACGGGAGGACAGCACGACUACCGUCAAGUUCGACGAGCGUUGCAGGUGCUAGAUUGCGAAGAAGAGUCCAUGAUCAAAGGGCAGAAACCGUCCUACCUCUUGGACGAGGACUUCGCGGAGAACCAGGACGGGACCUACGACCCUGAAGAUGAAGAGAUCUUUGUGGCGUUGGAGUACCAGGACGUUGACGAGUACGAGGCCCUGAACCUCUUGGCAGAGCUGGGCUCCGACCGACGAAAGACGUGGAAAGAGAACAAGUUGUUGAAGGCCGCCCAAAAGAAAGAUAGGCGACAUUUUGAUCAGAAGGGUUCUCGACCACCAAGGACCAGCGGCAAGCGACGGUUGUCCAUCGCCGAGCUCAAGAAGGUGACGAAGUGUGGCAACUGCGGAGAGAAGGGGCACUGGCAUGAAGAGUGUCAGAAGCCUCAUCGUCCGAAGAGUUCGACUGGGAAGCCAAGCACCUUUGUUUUUCUGGGCGCAACGCCUCAGACAGAUGCAGCCGACGCUUUCUUUCUCACCUCACUGUUGUCCGUGACAAGUGGCAACUGGGCAACUGGGGAGGGUCGUUUCUCCUUUUUACAGCUGCCCCCAGGACAGGCCAUCAUCGACCCUGGCGCCUCACAGGACCUCAUUGGGCUGAAGAGCUACGAGCGGCUGAGGGAGAAGCUUCCAGCCAAUUCGAUUGGACAAGCGAAGACCUUGUUCACCGCCUUGUCUCCGUGUAUCCUGGGCGGAAAGCCAGGGAUCAUUCAGUUGACUGUGGUCGAAGAAGAUGUUGCACAGCUGUUGUCAAUAGGUUUGUUGGAGCAUGCGAAGAGCGUCAUAGACACCGAACAGAACGUGAUUUCCUUUAAGGGUUUUGGCACUCAGGACCGAAUGAAUCGUCUUUCAUCAGGUCACCGUACAGUGGACAUCACCAAGUGGCCAGGUGGUAGCUUUCCGGUACCUGAGGAGCUUGCAGAGAAGUUUCAACUGUCCCCGAGAGCUUUUGACCUCUCCAGCCCGGUCGCCUCGGGAGCAUACAUGAGUGCACUGCGUCUUGGGGAUGGGUGCAGA